AUGACUGCGUGGGACGGGGUGCUGCCCUUCUACCCCCAGCCCAGGCGCGCCGCCGGCUUCAGCGUCCCGCUGCUCAUUGUCAUCCUGGUAUUCUUGUCCUUAGUCGUUAGCUUCCUGCUCAUCUUGCCGGGGAUCCGCGGCCGUUCGCGCUGGUUCUGGUUGGUGAGAGUUCUUCUUAGCCUGUUCAUAGGUGCAGAGAUUGUGGGCUCCCAAGCCUUCUUCUUUCCGUCCCAUCAUCAGGCCCCUAGUCCCAUCCGCCCGCCCCCACCCUCACCCACGCGUCACUGUGUGAAUCUCCCCGUAGCUGUGCACUUCAGCGGAGACUGGUUCGUGGGGAGAGUGUGGACCAAUACAUCCUACAAAGCCUUCAGUACGGCCCGGGUUCAAGUCCACGUCGGUCUGCACGUGGGACUGGUGGGCGUUAAUAUUACUCUCAGAGGAACGCCAGUGCAGCAGCUCAACGAGACCAUCGACUACAACGAGCGAUUCACCUGGCGCCUGGACGAGGACUACACCGAGGAGUACAUGGACGCGCUGGAGAAGGGACUGCCCGACCCGGUGCUGUACCUGGCCGAGAAGUUCACCCCCAGCAGCCCCUGCGGCCUGUACCACCAGUACCACCUGGCGGGCCACUACGCCGGGGCCACGCUGUGGGUGGCGUUCUGCUUCUGGAUCGUCGCCAACGCGCUGCUCUCCACGCCCGCCCCGCUCUACGGGGGCCUGGCCCUGCUCGCCACCGGCGCCUUCACGCUCUUCGGCGUCUUCGCCUUCGCCUCGGUGUCCGCCGUGCCGCUCUGCCGCUUCCGCCUGGGCCCCGAGGCCCUCACGCCUCGCUACGGCGCCUCCUUCUGGGUCACGCUGGCCACCGGCAUCCUGAGCCUCCUCCUCGGAGGCGCCGUGGUGAUUCUCCACCACGCUCGGCCCGGCGCUCUCCGCUCCUUUCUGGAUCAGGGCAGCGGCCAGACGAAGGCGAACCCGCCCCUCGUCCUCGACAACCCGCGGCACCAGCAGUGUGGGGGCCCGGACUCGAAUAUUACCACUGUCCUGUGACGAGAACUAACUCCGCGGGUUGCCAGCUCCCCCGCCCCCGGGGAUGCCGCAGAGCUGAAGCCCGCCGGGAGCGCGGCUGAGUCUGGGGGAUGGCGCGUCCCCGCAGCAGGGCAAGGGGGCGCCCGGGAGAACGCAUUUCUCGGGAGAGUUGUAAAUAAA